CAGUGAGUGAACACCAGCCGUCUUGGCCCGCUCCUUCCCUGCUGCGGCCAUGGCGACCUCCGCGGCGCUCUCGACCGCCGCCAACCCCACCCAGCUCUGCCGGUCCCGCGCUGCGUUGGGCAAGCCAGUGAAGGGGCUUGGCCUGGGGAUGGGGCGGGAGCGCGCAAGCCAGCGGAGCAUCACGUGCCAGGCGGCGAGCAGCAUCCCCGCCGACCGCGUCCCCGACAUGGAGAAGCGGAAGCUGAUGAACCUCCUCCUCCUGGGCGCCAUAUCGCUGCCCACCGUCGGCAUGGUCGUCCCCUACGGCGCCUUCUUCGUCCCCGCCGGCUCCGGGAACGGCGGCGGCGGGACCUACGCCAAGGACAAGCUGGGCAACGACAUCACGGUGGAGGAGUGGCUCAACACGCACGGUCCCAACGACCGCACGCUCGCGCAGGGGCUCAAGGGUGACCCCACGUACCUGGUGGUGGAGCAGGACAAGACGCUGGCCACCUACGGGAUCAACGCCGUGUGCACCCACCUCGGCUGCGUCGUGCCGUGGAACGGCGCCGAGAACAAGUUCAUCUGCCCCUGCCAUGGAUCCCAGUACAACAACCAGGGCAAGGUGGUCCGCGGACCGGCGCCUCUGUCGCUGGCCCUGGUUCACGCCGACGUCGACGACGGCAAGGUCCUCUUCGUCCCGUGGGUGGAGACCGACUUCAGGACCGGCCAGGACCCGUGGUGGAGUGCAUGAGGAGGAUCAUCCGACACAAGCGGUGCUCAGUACUCAUAGGCUUUCUCCGAGGGCGUUGUUGCUACAAAUUCACUUGCCUCUUGCCUCCAAAUUAUAUAUAUUACACACACUGCAUGAAACAAGAACACAGCUGUUUGUCAUCUCUUCACUAUAACCUUUUGAACACUCUGAAAUCUGCUGUAAUCAAAUAUAGACUUUCUCUGCCAUCUGCUGAUCAAGUGACCAGCAGGGAGAGCAAUUUAGACUUUUUUUUUUGCCG